CCAAACGCUCUGGCCACAAAUCGAACGAGUGUGGAUAGUACAUCUUAACAUGCUUCCUUCGCAACAGAUGGGGUAUGGUCUGGGAAAUGCUGGUGGUGCCUUGUAUUCUGCCCAGCCGAACUACUCUCAAAACUUGAACGGGUUUUACCCUCAGCAAUUCUUAAGUCAGCCCUUCCCGGAGUCCAGCCUCCAAGGAACCGAUCCGAACUCGCCCGAGCUAUUCAAACAGAAUAUGCAUAUUGCUCAAGAACUGCUAGCGCGGAUAAGCGAGAACGCGAGAAGCGCUUUGAUGAGCAUUGAGAAUGCCUAUCACCCAGGCACUAGUCUAGCACAGACGGCAGCCUACGUCACCGUGCUCAAGCAACAGAUUCAGGCUCUUGUCACUUUGAUGCGGCAGAGCGGUGUAGGCGCUCUGCCUCUCCUAACUCCCGCAAUGGGUGUCAUGCCACCCGAAGAGCAGCUCCUAGCUGAUGCCACGAAGGGGAUACAGUUUCUAUACGAGAAGAAUAAGAGGAUUCAGGACAGCGCUGGGAUAGUCGCAAGCCUCCUCGGUGCCAACGAGCAUACCAGGAGGUAAGAGAUAUGAGAAAUCGAAGUUGGUCGA